AUGUCUGAAACCUCCCAAUCAGGCCUGAAUAUCAACCCCAGAAACGUGGUCGAGGCAAAGGUUGCUGCGAGGCUGUCUCAGAUUUGGGACCAAGAGUCCAAGUGCUGGACCGCCGAAACCAAGCAAAACUUUGUCGAGGUGGCGUCUCUGGCCAGGCUGUCGUAUGGCACCUGUACGCCAUCGUCGCACAAGAUUCACCGUCGGCUCAAUGGGCGCGCAGUGACGGUUUCUGAUUACACUGUUCUCGCAGCCAUGUUUGGAACCAACUCGCUGGGUCGGCUGAACUGGUGGAAAGACUUCCAAAGAAGCAACCCCCGCUACAAGCACUAUGAAGGAGUGGUGAAACCGGAAGACAGAGAUUUCCUGCUUGCUUCCAAAAGGCCGUACAAGGCUGCCGAGCCAAAAGGGCCUGAGAGAGAGUGCAAGAAAGAAGCGACCUCGACGGAAGACCCCAAGGGCGCUGAGUCUACUGCCAGCGAGUCGGCAAUGUCGGAUACUCAGCACGAAGCGGAUACGAUUAGUACGGCGAAGGUGUCCGCGGAUGAUGUAUCGGGAAACCUGGUAGACAACUGUUCCAGGCAAGGAACGAGAACAGCUCAACCGGUGGACUCAAACCUCGACUGGAAAAGAGCAUGUCCGAUUGUCCCUACCGAAGAGAGCAGUGACACUCACAGCACUUUUACAGGAGAGCCCACUGCUGCCCACGUCGGAGCCUCGGAAGCAGUAAAGCUUGAGCCAUGCGCCAAAACACCCGAGGCGAAUCCCCCCAAGGAGGACUUGGCAGACUCGGAGCCCUUGUCGCCACGAAUUAAAAGAUUCAGGGAAAGCGUAGAGAUCUCAGAGGACGACGUAUGGCAAAAGCUUACAAAGACCUUGCGAGCACCAAAUACAUUGCAAGCUAGGAUUGAAGCCAUUGAAGUACGAAUCAAAGCCCAAGAAGAAGAAAUCGACGUACUGAAAGCGACUCUAUCGAGGACCAGCCAGAAACUGGCACAGCAGAGCACAAUGAUCGAAGCGGUCGCCAAGUAUCUGGCGGGAAGCUCCUAG